AUGGACAAAGACCUUCAAACACCGUUUAUGGCAACAGCUAGGACUUUAAUCGAUGUGGAAGCUGGAACAUUGACUCUAAGGGUUCAGGACCAAUCUGUGGUGUUUAAUUUGUUUGAGGCAGCAAAACGUCCUGCUGAACAGCAAGAAUGUAUGCGCAUUGACAUGGUAGACAGUAUGGUUCAAGACAGUUUUUAUGCCAAUUCAAAUACAGGUCAAUCUGAUAAACUGAUUGCUGGGAAAAAGUGA